AGAUCAAUUCCGAAAGAUCACGUCUGUUGUUUAUCACCCUUUCCCCACCCCUUCCAAACUGUAACUCACCAUUCUCAUCACUCUCUUUUUCUUUUUAUGAUUGUUUUUAAUUUUUGUUAUUUAUUUUACUACAUACAUACAUACACACAUAUAAUCUAAAUGGUUACUGGUGGGGGCCACCUAGAAGAUGGAGACAGGCACCCGUCGUCGGCUGCUACUAGAGGAGGAGGAGGAGCCACCACCGGGUCUUGGGUGUCUGGCCAAUCGAUGUCAACUAGCGGCAGUGUGGGGUCUCCAUCCAGCAGGAGCGAGCAUGUCAUGGCCACUCCCGCUAGUGACAACACUUUUUUAAGGUUGAACCAUCUCGACAUUCACGCCGAUGAUGCUGCCACUCAAGAUGCCGCAGCUAAUAAGAAGAAAAAGAGAGGUCAACGGGCAGCUGGUGGAGCCGAUAAGAGUGGUAGAGGACUUCGUCAAUUUAGUAUGAAAGUUUGUGAAAAGGUGGAAUCCAAAGGAACAACCACUUACAAUGAGGUAGCAGAUGAACUUGUUGCUGAGUUUGCUGACCCUAGUAAUAGUGUUUCUACCCCAGAUCAGCAACAAUAUGAUGAGAAAAACAUACGGCGGAGGGUGUAUGAUGCUCUGAAUGUACUCAUGGCAUUAGACAUUAUAUCGAAGGAUAAAAAGGAAAUACAGUGGAAAGGUCUCCCCCGAACUAGCCUCAGUGAUAUUGAAGAAUUAAAGGCUGAGCGUCUAGGAUUGAGAAAUAGGAUUGAAAAGAAAGCUGCCUAUUUGCAAGAACUGGAGGAACAAUUCAUGGGCCUUCAGAACCUGAUACAGCGAAAUGAACAACUGUACAGCUCAGGAAAUGCUCCUAGUGGUGGUGUGUCAUUGCCUUUCAUUCUGGUUCAGACACGCCCUCAUGCAACUGUUGAAGUGGAGAUAUCAGAAGAUAUGCAGCUCGUUCAUUUUGAUUUUAAUAGCACUCCUUUUGAGCUCCAUGAUGAUAAUUAUGUUCUCAAGGCAAUGAAAUUUUGUGAGAGACCCCAGAGUGAUAAUAUGGCUGCACCCAAUCCAGCGGCUGAUGGAGGUGAAGGUUCUAGCAUGUCCAUCAUGUAUCAACCACAAAUCCGUACUUCCCCAAGGACAAACAAUCCCGUUAGGCUUCCUACCUCUCCUCCUCUUCCUGGAAUAAUAAAAGCACGUGUUAAGCAUGAGCAUUGAGUCGUGCUCAAUCAUCUGAGCCAUGGGCAAUAACGUCAGCUGAUUCUGUAUAUUGUGUAAAGUAGUUUGCUGGAGAUGGGCUCCUCCCGAUAUUAUCCCCAUUCACAGUUUGCCCAUGUUAGGAGGAGUUGAGAUAACAAGCAGAUUGGUCCAUUUGCUUUGAGACUUCCAUGGAACGCUUGGUUUGGUCAGGUUAUCAGCUUUAGAAUUCGCUUUUGUAAUUUUUUUUAUCAUUUUUCGUGUUAUUUUCUUCCCAUUAUAGGAAAAAUUAAGUUUAGUUUGUUAGGCUACGUAGGAUUGUCCAGGCUUACACACAAUGAUAGAAUUAAUUCAAUCGUCAAGAAUUUAAUGUUCA